CGCCUGGAAACAUCGCGGCCCCUACCAAACAUCACACAUCAACCACCACUUUUAAGACCGGCCCAGAUCCUCUACACUUCCAUAUCACCUCGUCGUAUUCCAAUUCACCAUGCCUACUGCCAAAGGUGCGGACUGGGAAAAGUACAAGAAGGAGUUCGCGGAUGAUGAGGUCGAAGAGAAGAAGAUCACACCUUUAUCUGAUGAGGAUAUCCAAGUUUUAAAAACGUAUGGUGCUGCGCCGUACGCAUCAGCGUUAAAGAAGCUAGAGAAGCAAAUCAAAGAGAAGCAGACGAGCGUCAACGACAAGAUCGGCGUCAAGGAAUCAGAUACCGGUCUUGCGCCACCGCAUCUCUGGGAUGUCGCCGCCGAUAGGCAACGAAUGUCGGAGGAGCAGCCUUUACAAGUAGCCAGGUGCACGAAGAUUAUCCAGGAUGAGAAGAACUCUGAGAAGAGCAAAUAUGUCAUCAACGUCAAGCAAAUAGCGAAGUUCGUCGUGCAGCUCGGCGAGCGCGUUUCGCCUACGGAUAUCGAGGAGGGCAUGCGAGUUGGUGUCGACCGCAACAAGUACCAGAUCCUCCUUCCUUUGCCACCGAAAAUCGAUGCGAGUGUGACGAUGAUGACAGUGGAGGAGAAGCCGGAUGUUACCUACGGAGAUGUCGGUGGAUGCAAGGAGCAGGUGGAGAAGCUAAGAGAAGUCGUGGAGAUGCCAUUACUCUCACCUGAACGAUUCGUCAACCUCGGAAUCGACCCGCCAAAGGGAGCAUUACUUUACGGCCCCCCUGGUACCGGAAAGACACUCUGCGCCAGAGCCGUGGCGAACAGGACAGAUGCGACGUUUAUCCGUGUUAUUGGCUCAGAGUUGGUUCAGAAGUAUGUCGGAGAAGGAGCGAGGAUGGUCAGAGAGCUAUUCGAGAUGGCCCGUACCAAGAAGGCGUGUAUCAUCUUCUUCGACGAAAUCGACGCCAUUGGAGGUGCUAGAUUCGAUGAUGGUGCAGGAGGUGACAACGAAGUCCAGAGAACUAUGCUGGAGCUAAUCACACAACUGGACGGUUUCGAUGCGAGAGGAAACAUCAAGGUCAUGUUCGCCACCAACAGGCCAUCCACUCUUGAUCCGGCCUUGAUGAGACCGGGACGUAUUGACAGGAAGAUCGAGUUCUCCCUUCCUGAUCUUGAGGGCCGUGCCAACAUUCUCCGCAUUCACGCCAAGAGCAUGUCGGUGGACCGCGAUAUCCGUUGGGAGCUGAUCUCUCGUCUCUGCCCCAACUCGACAGGUGCCGAGCUGAGGUCCGUCUGCACAGAAGCUGGUAUGUUCGCUAUCCGCGCACGCAGGAAGGUUGCGACGGAGAAGGACUUCUUGAGCGCGGUGGAUAAGGUCAUUAAGGGCAAUCUCAAGUUCAACUCUACGGCGACGUACAUGCAGUACAACUAGAUUAGAUUUACGGUAAUGGCUUUGGCAAACAGCAAGGUGUACUAUAUCAUGGCGUAGGGGGACUAGGAAUUCGACCUUUUCUGAUUGCAGAACUUAAACUCACAUCUUUC